UGAACCAAUCAAAAAGAGUUUUACAAAAUGAAAGUUAAUAAUUCGUUUCCGGUUUAAAACCAAGUAGCAAAAAUGUUGAUCAAAGUAAAAACUUUGACAGGGAAGGAGAUAGAGAUUGACAUUGAGCCAACAGAUAAGGUGGAGAGGAUAAAGGAGAGAGUGGAAGAGAAAGAAGGCAUCCCUCCCCCACAGCAGAGGCUCAUCUUCAGUGGGAAACAAAUGAAUGAUGAGAAGACUGCACAAGACUACAAAGUGACCGGAGGCUCUGUGUUACAUCUUGUGUUGGCUCUGCGAGGUGGAGUAUGAUCAUACCAGAUCUGUAGGAUUUGAGCAAGAGACUGAUAGAUAAAAUGGGUCUUGAAAUGAUUCCCAUUGUUAAAUAUUACCAAAUGCUCCUGUGAAGUUCCUUUUAAAGAAAACAAAUAAUUGUGUGUAGUAUAUGGUUUUGCCUUCAGAUUUCUGUUCCCUUUAAAUUUAAAUCUGUAAAUUUACAUCAACAGUUAUUUUAAAGUCAAUGACAGCUGCUUUCAUAUUGUGUUAGACUUUUCAAUGGACAACCUGACAAGCAAAGUAUAAAUUGUAAUUUCAAGUGAAAUUUUUCCCAAAUUUGUCAGUCUGCAGAAAUUAUGCUGCCAUAAGAUCUUGUGAUGAUGAUCAUCUUAUAUAUUGCGUCUGUAUUUCGGUUUUUGUUUCCAUCUCUUUGAAAGAUGCAGGAUCAGUUAAAUAACAGUCAUGCUUUGCAAAUAAACACAUACUUUUCAAAAGAUGUACAUUUGUGAUUAUAUAUGACUUGGAAGAUAUAUAUUGUAAAUGACUAUUGAUAAAAGAUUUGAAGAUAUCUAAACAUUUUUGUUUUAUUGACUGUCAUAUUGGCCCAUCAAAACGCAAGUUGGUUUACCUUUUGCUUGUUAUCUGCUUGUUAUCUGGUAUUACAACAAAUGCAAGAGUCUUCGGAGCUUUCUGUGGCUGCAUGUCAGUAAAAAUUAUACCAGCUCUUUACCUCCAAUGUUUUUUUAUCACUUUUGUUUAACUGUCAACAUUUCAAUCAGGGAUUAAUUAAUGCUUGGUGGAAUCUUAAAAAGUGCCAAUCUUAUUAUUUUUAAUCGAUAGAGAUAAAAAAAAACAGAACCUGCAUCUUCAAAUAAAUGGUAUUUAGUAAAAAUGAUAAGCACAUUUUUUAAUGUGAUUUUGAACUUAAAUUUUGAAUUUAAUUAACAGUGUGCAUAUGAUAUAUGCUGUUGUUAGUUUGUAAUGCUGUUACAUUAAAGCUGUAACAUAAAUUUGUCCUACUUAAUGGUUUUUAGUCCCCUACCGGUUUCACCAGAGAGGACUUAUGGUUUUGUAUCCGUCAGUCCGUCACACUUUUCUGGAUCCUGCAAUAACUCUAAAAGUUCUUAAUAUUUUUUCAUGAAACUUGGAUUAUGGAUAGAUGGCAAUAUGGACAUUAUGCACGUCAUUUCAUUUUGUUCCUACGUCAAAAAUUGUGGUUGCUAUGGCAACAAAUAGACUAGAAAUACUGCUGAAAAUGGUGUUUUUUUCUGGAUCCUGCCAUAACUCUAAAAGUUCUUAAUAUUUUUUCAUGAAACCCGGAAUAUGGAUAGAAUGCAAUAUGGACAUUAUGCACGUUAUUUCAUUUUGUUCCUAGGUCAAAAAUUGUGGUUGCUAUGGCAACAAAUAGACAAGAAAUACUGCUGAAAAUGGUGGUUUUCUGGAUCCUGCGAUAACUCUCCAAGUUCUCAAUAUUUUUUCAUGAAACUAGGAAAAUGGAUAGAUGGCAAUAUGGACAUUAUGCACGUCAUUUCAUUUUGUUCCUGCUUCAAAAAUUGUGGUUGCUAUGGCAACAAAUAGACUAGAAAUACUGCUGAAAAUGGUGUUUUUUUCUGGAUCCUGCGAUAACUUUAAAAGUUCUUAAUAUUUUUUCAUGAAACUUGAAACAAGGAUAGAUGUCAAUAUGGACAUUAUGCACGUCAUCUCAUUUUGUUCCUACGUCUAAAAUUAUGGUUGCUAUGGCAACAAAUAGACUAGAAAUACUGCUGAAAAUGGUGUUUUUCUGGAUCCUGCGAUAACUUUAAAAGUUCUUAAUAUUUUUUCAUGAAACUUGGAACAUGGAUAGAUGGCAAUAUGGACAUUAUGCACGUCAUUUCAUUUUGUUCCUACGUCAAAAAUUUUGGUCGCUAUGGCAACAAAUAAAAAAAAUAUUCUGACAAUGGUGGAGCCGGUAGGGGACUUUUAUUGCUUGGCAAGAGUCUUGUUGUUUUUGUAUCUUCAAUAUCAUUAUUUAAUCAUAUCUGAAAUAGUUAGUCAUUCCACUGUGGUAGAAAAUGCACAACUCAAUACUGUAUUUCAUGAAAUAAUAAUGAGAUCUCAAACACUCAAUGAACAUUAUUUUGUUUCCGUAAAAAAGAUUAAUGUAUGUUUGCUAAAUUAUGUUCUUGUGCAUGGAACUUCUCAUCAUUGAUAUCGAUACAACCAUGCAGUUUCGUGUUGAAGUAAUGUAUUGUAUCUGAGAUAAAGCCCUGAAACGUUACAUCAUACAAACACAAAGGGUGUAUUGAUGUAUAGAUAUCAAUGAGAAGUGCCAUGCACAUGAGCUAUAACCUUUCUUAAAUAAUAGUUAUUGCCCUCUGUUGUUUUUGUAUGAUGUAACUUUUCAAAGCUAUAACUCAGAAUCGCUCCAUGAUUUCAACACUUAACUUAAUGGGUGUAUAGAUAUCAAUGAGGACAGUUAUAUUUUAAUAAAAACAAUGACCCUA